UUUAACCCUAAUUUUUUUUUUAAGGAAAUUGAUAUUUCUUGCCGUGGUCAAAGAUUCUCUGGUUCAUCAAAGAGUAUCUUAAAGAAUAUGCUCAGAUUGAUAGGUCAACGGAGUUAUAAACAACCAUAAUUAUCUAAAAGGAAAUUCUGCCAUUUCAACGGAGCUAUGAGUUCCAUAGACAAUCAUUCAUCGCUUGCAGAAGAAUCUCUUCUUCAGGAUGAAGAGAUCAAGCAAUACACAGGAGAUGGCUCAGUUGACUUUAAAGGGAGGCCUGUUCUCAAGCAGAAUACAGGCAAUUGGAAAGCUUGUCCAUUUAUCUUAGGCAACGAGUGCUGUGAACGGUUAGCAUACUACGGCAUUGCGAAAAAUCUUGUUACUUAUCUCACCCGCAAACUACAUCAAGGAAAUGUAUCUGCUGCAAGAAAUGUCACCACUUGGCAAGGCACUUGUUAUCUUACACCACUCAUUGGAGCCAUUCUAGCUGAUUCUUAUUGGGGCCGAUACUGGACCAUUGCUGUUUUCUCCACUAUUUAUUUCAUUGGAAUGUGUACAUUAACUCUUUCUGCAUCUGUUCCGGCAUUGAAGCCUGCAGACUGUUUUGGUCCAGUGUGCCCUCCAGCUACUCCUGCACAAUAUGCUGCCUUUUUCGUUGGCCUCUACCUGAUUGCACUUGGCACCGGUGGUAUUAAACCGUGCGUGUCAUCUUUUGGAGCAGAUCAGUUUGAUGAUACGGAUCCCCAAGAAAGGAUUAAGAAAGGAUCCUUUUUCAACUGGUUUUACUUUUCUAUCAACAUUGGUGCCUUUGUAUCAAGCACUUUUAUUGUAUGGACUCAAGAAAAUGCAGGCUGGGGUAUCGGAUUUGGCAUUCCUGCUUUAUUUAUGGGAUUAGCUAUAGGAAGCUUCUUUUUAGGCACGCCCCUCUACAGAUUUCAAAAACCAGGGGGAAGCCCUAUUACAAGAAUGCUCCAAGUUGUUGCAGCAUCUUUUCGGAAGCGGCAACUGGUCGUCCCUGAGGAUAGUAGUCUCUUGUAUGAGACACCGGACAAGAGAUCUGCGAUUCUUGGAAGUAGAAAACUGGAACAUAGCGACGAGCUAAGGUGUCUCGACAGAGCAGCUAUAGUGUCUGACGCCGAGAGAAAAAGCGGUGACAAUUCUAAUUUAUGGAGACUUUGCACUGUGACACAGGUGGAGAAAUUGAAAACUUUGAUCCGAAUGUUUCCAAUUUGGGCUGCUGGAAUUGUUUUUAAUUCUGUUUAUGCCCAACUGUCCACAAUGUUUGUGGAACAAGGAACUAUGAUGGACACACAUAUCGGUUCCUUCAAAAUUCCUCCAGCUUCACUCUCGUGUUUUGAUGUAAUAAGUGUAAUUUUCUGGGUUCCUGUUUACGACAAAAUCAUAGUUCCCAUUGCAAGAAAAUUCACCGGCAAAGAAAGAGGCUUUUCAGAGUUGCAAAGAAUGGGAAUUGGCCUUUUUAUUUCAAUCUUUAGCAUGUUAGCAGCAGCUUUUGUGGAGAUUAAGCGUCUACAGCUUGCACGAGAGCUUGACCUUGUUGAUCAACCUGUCGCUGUACCUGCUGGCAUUGGAUAGGCCGGAACAAUCCAACCAUGGCGCCGCAACAUCUCCGAUAUCUUGAAUUCAUCGUACUGGUUUCUGUCCUUGAGAGAAAAUGCUACCAUAGGAACUCCAUUGUCUUUUGAAAGUAUGUUAAAGUAUCCAGUCUCUUCCAAGUGUUCCUUCAACACCAUUGCAUUUUCUCUGCAAUCCUCCAUUAUACUCCGGUAACCCUAGGAAGACAAAUAAAACGAAAAGUUAGUUCAUGUCUUGGGAAUGAUAAAAAUUGUAACUCAAACUAAAAUAUAUUUCUAAGGCUCACCUCUUGACCAAGACGAAUUAGUUGAUAAUAUUGAGCAAUUAUCUGACUUGAA